AUGAAUUCUAUUCGUGGGAUACUCAUUGAUAUUUCGGGCACCUUACUUAUUGGAAACAAACCGUGCGAAGGUGCUGUUGUUGGCUUGAAAAAACUUAGGGAGGCUGGCAUUCCAGAAAAUCGAACAUCAAUUUUAGAUAAAUUGAUUGAUUCAGGUAUUGAUGCGAACAAGAAUGAGAUAAUUACUACAUUAAGCGCAUGCCGUAAUUUGAUAAUUUCACGCAAACUCAGACCUUUGUUAAUUUUGGAAGAUGAUGCAUUGGAUGAUUUCCAAGGCAUUCCAACAGAAGAACCAAAGGAUGCUGUUGUAGUAGGUUUAUCACCAUCUAAUCUGCGAUAUGACGUGCUCAACAAGGCUUUUCGCAUCUUGAUCGAUAAUCCAAAUGCGCCUUUAAUUGCUCUUCAUAAAGGCAAAUAUUUUGCCGAAUCAGAUGGACUUAGCUUAGGUCCUGGUCCAUUUGUUUCGGCAUUAGAAUACGCCUGCGAAGGGGUUAAAACAAUUGUUGUCGGAAAGCCGGAGAAAAGCUUUUUUGAAUCUGCGCUUAAAGACAUGGAUCUUCUGGAAAAGGCAAAUCAAGUUAUUAUGAUCGGUGAUGAUAUUACACAAGACUUGGGAGGCGGCGCGAAGGAAUUGGGAUUGAUUCGAUAUCUUGUCAAGACCGGAAAGUAUCGAAGUGGUGAUGAAACGCGUGAUCCCACUAUUAAUGGAGUUUUUGAUAAUUUUG